CUACAGUGCUGCGUAUCUGGCCAGUAGUGUGUAGCAACCCCGCGUGAAGGGCUUCAAGGGCAAGUGCGCCAAUUCAGCUGUUCUUAUGCACGGGAGUAGUGCAAAAAAAAAAAAUAAUAAUAAUAAUUAUUAUUAUUAUUGGAUUUAUAAACGACUGCUGGAAAUAAACGGCCAGCACGGUUCAGCACGGUUGUAGUCGAAAUGCAACUCCAACAGCCCCGCUCAGCUCGACUCAGCCCAACUCAGCACGGCACGGCUCAGCCGCGUUUGUAGUGGAAAAGUGGCAUAAGUGCAGCCUGGAGCUUUUGGUGUAUGUGUGAAUCACAAUAUUUCUUUAUUGCUGUGAGCAAAAACAACAUUCUCCCUUUACAUGGACUCCAUCAGUUCCCUCUAGCCUGAGGAAUAGUUCACCAAAACACAAGUUGUUUAUCAAUUUUAAUGAAAGAGAAAAUCUUGGGAAUGGUGGAUCAUUUCUUGACAACUGAAGAGAACUUCCUUUCUUACAGUGGCGUAGACUCGCCUGUGGUGUACCACUCAUUGGAUAUAGUAUUAGACUCGGGGAGCUAUAAGGUGAUGCCUUCACCAUUCUCAGAAGACGACCACAGUGAUACAUCAAGCCUGCGUUCCUGCUCCUCCCCAGAUUCCCAAGUUCUUAGCUCAAGCUACGGAAGUACAUCAAGCACUGAGAGCCAGGAUGGAAUCCUCAACUUCCUGCUAUCCAAUACUUCCCUUGGUAGUGGAGGUGGCACCAAUGCUGAGGCUAGCACUGUAACCUCAACUCCUCUAACAGGCAUCCUUUGGAACUCACAAAGGGACAGCAUGAAGGAAGAGAACUUUGACUUACCAAUCUGGUCACCUUCAAACAUGGAGGAGGCACCUGCUGAACCUUUCCAGCCCACCCUGGAGGAAAUUGAAGAGUUCUUAGAAGAAAACAUGAAUGGUGUGGUGUCCCUCAAGCAUGAGGGGAACACACAUCUUGGAUUGGAGAUCCAAGGUCUAGAGCUAGACCUCGGGUUGGGGACAGGAGUGGUGGUCAUGGAAGAGCCCUCAUCUGAAGUGCCAGAGACAAGCACCAUUGGAUCUCAGCAUCAUUCUAAUCAAACUUUGUCAAUGGCUAAGCUUCCAUCAGACCUUAGAGUUGAUCAUGAGACCAAAAGCACAGAUAGUAUUCCAAGUAAUCAAGACCCAAGCACGCAGACAGAGGAUGCGAUAAAGAAGGAGGCCCAAAGUGGACCUGUCUCCACUGAGAACAGCACGACCACCAAUGCCAGCAGUGGGAUGCCUGUUAUUCUUCAAAUCCAACCAAUUCCGAUCAAACAGGAGAAUCAGAGCCCCAGUGGGGCUGCAACUCCUCCCUCAGCAACUCAGACCCCCACCCCUGGCACAGACAUCAAAAUUGCCCAACUGCUGGUGAACAUCCAGGGACAGACCUUUGCGCUGGUUCCUCAGUUUCUACCCUCUGCCCCAAAUUCAUCUUCACCGUCUACCAGGCUAAAUGGCACAUCUAAAUUUGUGCGGAUAGCACCUGUGCCCAUCGCAGCAAAACCUGUGGGUAGUGGAGGGGAUGGCCUUGGUUUGGGUGGGUUCCAAGGUGGUCUCCUAGUUGGAGGAGCACAGAAGUUCCAGAAGAAUCCAGUGGCAGAUCUCAUCAAAAUGCACAAGUGCAACUUUCCUGGCUGUGCCAAAAUGUACACUAAGAGUAGCCAUCUUAAAGCUCACCUGAGGAGGCAUACUGGAGAGAAACCAUUUGCCUGUAACUGGCCUGGCUGUGUAUGGAAGUUUUCCCGCUCAGAUGAGUUGUCCCGUCACCGGCGGUCGCACUCUGGGGUAAAGCCAUACCAGUGUCCUGUGUGUGAGAAGAAGUUUGCCCGCAGCGAUCACUUGUCAAAACACAUCAAAGUCCACCGCUUUCCCAGGAACAGCCGGACAGUCCGCACUGCUGCCUGAUCCCAUCCCGGCUGCACUCGUUGAACCACAAAAUCACAACACAUUUGACGUAUGUGAAUAGGUGAGAGAAAACUGAAGGACGCAUAAGAAGCAUCAUUUCUGAGCAUAUUUACUGUAUAGUGUAUUAAAUUAAAUCACAGUGGCAGAACAUAGGCAAAAUGUAUUGUCAUCUUUGGUGCUACAUUCUGGAUGGAAUAUUAAGAAAAGCAGACCGGCAUUAAUGCAGACUGUGCUAAUGGGGAUCAGUCGAUUUAAAUAAGCUACGGGGACACUUUCAUAAACCACACCAUUUUUAUACGAGUGCGGAAUGACAAUAGAAAUCAAAAAGAAAAAAAAAGCAGUGUCGAUUGUACAUGUUUAAUAUGUACACCUACAAUCAGUGUUGUAAAGCUCUCUUUUUUUUUCCUAAGGCAAGCAGUUUUGUAAUAAGGUGUUUGUAUUUUUAUUAAUGUCGCCUCUCAAUGGCUCUGCUGUGUUUUUUGGCCUUAGUCAACCACAAAGCUCUUAUCUCAGGUUUGACUUGGGUGUUGGGGACACUGUAACCCAGUCCAGUGUUUUUCAGAACAAAUGAUGAGUUUCAAGAGAAUGUGACGCAAUCAGACAAUUAGAAUAAUAACUAAGAGCAUUAAUUAUUUAUACUCUGAGUAAGCACUCAGCAGCAAUGACACUAAAUAAGAUUCAGCUGAUAUUUGUAAGCAUAUGGAGCAUUUGGAACCAAGUGUCUUCGCUUCCUGUUUCAUUAUUUUAUUUCCUGUGACACAGAAUGUGCCUCCAAAACUCCAGCAUGUCACUCAGUGCGUUUACAUGCACAUAGAGAAAAUCGAAUUUCUGCCGUAGCUCGACUGAAAUCGAAGUUCUAAAUGCCAUGGAAACACCUUAGCUUGGCUGAAAUCGAACCGAACUGGAUUUCUCGUAAUCGAGCUACGCGACCUAGAUUAUGCGAUUGUAGCCGAGCUACUUAGUGCAUGUAAACCCUAUCGAGCUACGUAGUCGAGCUACUUACUUCAGCACUGCCUCUUCCGGAAGUGACGAGAUCACAAGCGGGAAACACAACAGCCUCGGUCGGCAUGACAACAGUAGUAGUAGUGAGCAGCAGAAGAGGUCAGGAGGAACAAGGAGAACGAACGAACACGGAACUGAUAACUUUGUUUAUACUCUUGAAUAGCUCUUCUUCAUGAUGACAACCGGAAGUGUACCAACACGAUGGGGCGUGUAGCGCCACCUGUGGCUCGGGUGCACAAUGUACCUCACACAAUAGCUUGAUUUCCUUGUGUGCAUGUAGGAUUGGAUUUCUCUGGCACCCCUGCUGGGACCCUUAGCUCGAUUAUCGACAGCAGCUCGAUUUGGAUGUGCAUGUAAACGCACUGACUAGAUUAUGUACAGAUCAUUGCAUUACUAAUGCUGGUGCUAUAUACAAUACGUCUACCCCCCCCCCCCCCCCCGCCCCCCACCUUCACACAAACUUGAGUGUGAACAUGAAACUGUAGCUGUUACUUUCAGUAAACCGAAAGUGAUCAAGAUAAAAUCGUUUUGUACAGGUUGAGGCUUACAUACUGUAACGGUUACAUAUCAGCAUGUUUGGGUUUGUUCAAGUUUGUUAGGAAGGUUGGGCAAGUAGUGUGGAAAUACUGAGGUGCUUGUGGCUGAAGUAAGCAAAACCACAGUAGCAUUGGUACCAUGUUUCAUGUAGUGUUUAUUAUUAUUUUUGGGCACUUCUGGAUGUGAGGAAACUUACUUCCUUAUCUGUUUCACAUGUUAUCUUUCUGAUCAAGGGGCCCAUUGUACAUAUAUAAUGGCAUUCCUUUCAUUCAUAGAAUGAAUUUUAUGAAUACUUGUUAACACAGGUGUUUUUAGCCACAUCCUAUGAAUGUAUGUAAAUAAAACCUGUAUGAUUUUAGUAGUGGGAAGACUGAGCAACAAAUUAAACAAACGGAAAUUGUUGUUUGUGGUUAAGGUUUUCAGUGUAAGCUUAAAUGUGUACAUAAGUGUUUCCAUACCUAUAAGUAUAUAAAUAUAUAUAUUUUUU